AUGAUACUUUUGGAAUACAUCAGCAGACACGAACGGUCUUAUCCUGAAGGCAAUGCGUGCUCGGGCCGAAGCGUCGACUUAGAGAGAGCUACAUUCUUCACGAUUGGACAAGAAUCCACCGGACGGGAAUCGGUCGCAGAUGUCGUUACUCUGGCAGAAAGGGUGGUGACCCAAACUAUUGCAAAGGGUGUUUCUUUUGAUUCCAAUCCAAGUCUGACGUUCGGCACAAUAGCUUUGACCCACAAGCCCCAGCCACAAUGGGUUCCGGUUCGUGCCAAAUACGACACUGGCAGCGAUGUCAAUCUGGUCCCAACUGAGCUUAUCGUUUCUAAUGACCUCUCCAGCUUCUUAGUCGAAGAAGAAGACACGUUCAUCGGUUUGAACAACCAAGAAUAUCACACACGUCACACUAUCACCCUUAAGUGGUGCGCUGCCAACAUGCAUAAGAUGCGCACGACCAAGUUCCACGUUACGGACGACUUGCCCUUCGACAUGGUGCUAGGCGAUCCAUUCAUCCAGGAGAAUGCUGUCUUCAAUCCACAACGAGUAUCGUUGCCAUUACGGCGAAAGCAUCGCGGCUCCGGUAAUUUGUUGUCCCCGUACAACUUAACUUGA